ACGGCUGAGAUCAAUCUUCAGUAUAUAUCAACGGCUCUGAAUUAUUUAUUUCCCGCCCAAACACUUCUCUUCUUAACCUUCACACCUACCCACAUCUCUCUCUCCCCUCUGCUCUCACGCACGUCUCUUCCUUCCUUCUUUAUCUCUCUCCCUCUCUCCCUCUCUGUUUAUUCUUCAACAGAACCCUCUCGACCACCGCCAUCGCGACCACCUCUCUUCCCUCGCAGGACCCUCUCUGUUUCUCCUUCUUCAACAGAUCCCUCGACCACCGCCAUCACGACAGCCUCUUCCUCAUCCCCCUUUAUCACUUCAGUCCUCUCCUCCUCGCAACAGAUCUCGCCGAAACCCUCUUUGCCUCUUUGCAAGGUUUCUCCCAUCUCUGAUGGAGAUACAGUUGAUUUUGAUCAUUUUAGCUCUCCCAGGGACGAAGGUGCCCAAAGGUUCAUUCCUAAGCUGCCACCUGCCUUUGGUUCAUCUCCUAAUCUUGAAGCGCUUGCACUUGAAGCAAACAAAUUUCAAGUUCAAGAUGGGGAUAGUGUUGUUUCCCAUGUACAGUACUCCCGGCCCAUGCAUGAAAUUACAUUUUCAACAGAUGACAAGCCGAAGCUCCUCAGUCAGUUGACUGCCUUACUAGGCGAGGUUGGGCUGAACAUCCAGGAAGCACAUGUUUUUUCUACUGUAGAUGGGUACUCCUUGGAUGUCUUUGUUGUUGAUGGUUGGCCCUAUGAGGUAUUUUCUUUUCAUAUUUUUUUAUCCAGUUAUGUAGUAGAAUGUUUAUAUUCUUAUGGCAAACAGAUCAAGCUACUUUGUGUUUACUAUAUUUUGGAGUUCUGUUUCUUUUUUUUUUCAGCUUAUGUGUCAUCAAGAUCUUUGAACUCAGAUCUUGAUUUCUGGAUUUUCACCCAUGUUAGAAUGCCGAAUUGUUCAUUCAAUUUUUUGUCAGAGUUUUUGUGUUUUAUAUUGUCCUUUUCUGUACAAUUGGUGUUAGUAUAUUGUUUUUGUGCUUUCCAUGAUUUUCUGUAUAUUGUUCAUUCAAUUUCAAGCUUAUUUGAUUUUUAAAUUGUGCUCUUUAUGCUACAAGCGAGUGAUAGCUUUGACCAAACCUGUUUACUAUAUACAAAGUUUGCUUUGUAUUAUUAUUACUAUUUUUUUGGAGCUAUGCGCUAUAUAUACUUUUGUAGACCUUUUCCUGGGUCCGUUAAUAUAUGAUCUGUCAUCAGUUUCUAUCUUGAUCAUACAAAAUUUUGGGGCUUCAGUGACAAUUCCCAGCUGAACUUGCAAUCUUCAAGGUGGAUGUGAAGUAUUGUUCAUCAGGUUGAUAGUUUCACAGUCUAAAACAUAUUGUAUAACAGUUUAUACCAGGGUUAUUACUUGAUGUUGCAUGGCCUAUGGAGGAAAUUUUAUUUGUGAGAGUGCAAAUAGCCAGUCAGUUGUACAAGAUGCGUGCCUACAACUAUUGUCAUCGGUAUCUUUAUCGUUUAGUCUAUUGACAUACUCCAAAAAUGAUGUUUAUCUUGCCUAUUAGCCAAAUUAUGUUGUGCAUUUUCUAGAUACCACUUUGGCUGCUCGGCUAUUCACUUCGGUUGCUCGACAUCCUGCUCGGCUGCUCGGCCUUGGAUUUUGUAGUCAGUGAAGCAUGGAAGUACAAGAUCAGACUCAUAUUAUCAUUAACCAACAACUGGGAUGCAUAUGGUGGCAAAGCACAAUACAUGAAAUGGGGUAAAGCUGCUGGCUUGAAUUUGACUUCAGAUGAUUUCUUCACUCAUCCAACUCUCAAAACCUGCUACAGGGCCCAUGUCAAGGCAUGUUCCUUAAUUACUACUUUUAGAAUAAAUCAAAAUUUGCACAUCAAGAUUUCAUAGAAUGAGAUACAUAUGGUGUUGUAAAUUUAGCUGCAUUUUAAAUUAUAACUACAUUUUUAUCUUAAAAUUAUUUACACCGUGCCUUUAGGCACGGGCAUACGCUAGUAAUA